CCGAUAUGACACUUAAUUUUAAAAUCUAAAUACUACAUUCCUACUCCCUAUCAUCAAAGUGGUGGUAAUAUUUAAAAAUGCAAUUAAGGUGUAAUCAGGAACUAAAUUUAAAAAACUUUUUAAAUACAUUAGAUGAAGAGUAUAUUAAUAUUCAAAUGAAAUUGGAACUAUAUUAAUAUUAAACAAAUCAAAUGCAUCUAUAAUAUUGAAAAAAAUGUUUUAUGGUUUCAAAAAACUUUUAUGAUAAACCUUUUAAUUUUAAAAAAUUUGUUAUUAGAUUGUAGAAUAAUCAUUCAAAGGAUUAAUGAUAUAAAUAAGAACAAUAAACAAAAUUAUCCAAAUUUAUUAGAUUCUGAAAUUUUGCAAACUUUUGAAAAUCUAGCCUCCCUUAUACUAUCUAAAUCAUUUAAUUAUGAUUUAUUAAUUGAAGCUUGUGAAACUACAACCGAAGAUUACCAAGAACAAUUUAAUAUACUAGACACUGCACUCUCUCUUUGUAAUGUAAUUGACACAUCUUCUAUGGAGAUAUUUGGUCAGAAAAUUUUGCCAAUACAGUUAAAGAAUUCCAUGAAAAAUAUAGAAAUAUUACAGCAAAUUUUAAAUGAAGAUAAAAGGACACAUAAAAAUCUGUUUGCAAACAUGCAGAGCUGUAGUAGUUUAUUGAAUAUAUUGAAAAUGUUACAAACCCACUUAACUCAUUUGGAAACUAUAUCCUCGUAUUCGAAAGAAACGAAUGAUACAAAAUGGUUUAAAAUUUUUGACACAUCCACCAUGAUUAUACAAUCAUCUCCUUCUAAUGUCGUGAAAGAAGAAAUUACCGUUAAAGAAAAGAUAGUUGGCAUUAACGAGGUGAACAUCACGAAAACCGACGAAGAAAUUCUUAUCAAAGGGAAUAUAACGAAGAUGACUAGGAAAGCUAUUGAUUCCCGACCUAAAUCCCGUCAUAAUACAUCAUGUCCUAUGAUAAUUACUAAAGAAGAGUUCGAGGCUAUUCCAAGUUAUAUGAAAGGACGAUUCAAAUUAGGAGAAAUAAACGAUUUUUUUGAAAAAAUUCAUUUCGCUCUCAUCAAAAAAUACGAGUUCUUCGAAAAUGGCUCUAAACCCGGGAAUUUUAAAAAAUUGGGCAUAGAAAUGCAAAAACUAUAUCGGGAGUACAAAAGUUCUGCCAAUUUGAUCCCAUGCCAGUUCGUUACUCAGCACGAUAUCAAUCGAUACGCCCAUGCUAAGCUGGAUAAAAAAAAUUUGCAAUGCAUCGUUAUUUUGAGACACCUGAAGAGGGUGAAAGAAUUUAGGAACAAAGGAGGAAAGGAAAUAAAGUAUGCCAUCGAUUGAUCACGAAUAUUAUAUAUAGGGGAUGUUUUUCAUUCUGCAAUCGUGUAUAAAAAUAUUAUUGCUUCUUUUUAUAACUGCUGUUACAUUUGACGACUAAUUAUUAUUUUAAAUAUAGAUUUUAUAGUGGAAAUCUAAUUUGUUAUUUAUUAGUAUAUUAUAAA